AUGGGCUUUAUGCUUAGAAAGCCUGAUGAUGCAGCGGGCUCUGCAGCCCCUGCUAUCCUCAUCGGUUUGUUUGUGGCCUUUGGUGGUGUGUUGUAUGGCUAUGAUACCGGCACCAUCAGCGGUAUUAUCGCCAUGAAGUACUGGCGAAGGCAGUUCUCUACCGGCUACAUCAACCCCAAUGACCAUAUCCCCGAUAUCACAUCCUCUCAGUCCUCAAUGAUCGUCUCUCUCUUGUCCGCCGGUACAUUUUUCGGUGCGCUCACAGCUGCCCCCGUCGCUGAUUACUUCGGCCGACGCAUUGCCAUGAUCCUCGACUGCUUUGUGUUCUGUUUCGGUGUGAUUUUGCAGACUGCGGCUACCGCUAUCCCGCUCUUCGUUGCUGGUCGCUUCUUCGCCGGAUUCGGUGUCGGCUUGCUGUCCGCAACCGUUCCUCUGUACCAGUCUGAAACGGCGCCAAAGUGGAUUCGAGGAACCAUCGUCGGUGCUUACCAGCUGGCCAUUACAAUCGGGUUGCUGCUUGCAGCUAUUGUGAACAACUCUACGAAAGACCGCAAUGAUACUGGUUGCUACCGCAUUCCGGUGGCCGUUCAGUUCGCCUGGGCUAUUAUUCUGGUUGUGGGAAUGAUCGUUCUUCCUGAGACGCCCAGGUUCCUGAUCAAAAAGAACAAGCACGAGGCUGCCACCAAGUCCCUUGCUCGUCUUCGACGUCUGGAUGUCAAUGACCCUGCGCUCGUCGAGGAACUUGAGGAGAUCCAGGCGAACCAUGAAUAUGAGAUGAGCAUUGGCACAGCUAGUUACCUGGAGAUUCUUCGCGGAUCCAUUGGCAGGCGCCUCGCAACUGGCUGCGCUGUCCAAGCCCUGCAGCAGCUGGCUGGUGUGAACUUUAUCUUCUACUACGGAACAACGUUCUUCGAACACUCUGGCAUCAACAACAGCUUCGUCAUCACCUUGAUCACAAACAUCGUCAACGUUGUCUCAACGUUCCCCGGUCUCUGGAUGGUCGAGAAAUGGGGUCGUCGUCCGCUUCUACUCUUUGGAGCUGUCGGCAUGUGCGUCAGCCAGUUUAUUGUGGCCAUCGUCGGUACCACCACCGACUCUGGCGUUGCAAACAAAGUCCUCAUCGCCUUUGUCUGCGUUUACAUCUUCUUCUUUGCAUCCUCCUGGGGACCUGUCGCUUGGGUCGUCACUGGUGAGCUCUUCCCGCUCAAGGCUCGCGCCAAGUGCCUUUCCAUCACGACUGCUGCGAACUGGCUGCUCAACUGGGCCAUCGCCUACGCCACCCCAUACAUGGUCGACUCCGGCCCAGGAAACGCCAAUCUCCAGUCCAAGGUCUUCUUCAUCUGGGGAGGAUUCUGCUUGAUUGCCGGCGUCUUCGUCUACACCUGCAUCUACGAGACCAAGGGUCUUUCGCUCGAGGAAGUUGAUGAGCUCUACGCCAAGGUCCCUCAUGCCUGGCAGUCCAAGGGCUUCGUGCCGUCGGUGAAUUUCACGGAUGUGCGCGACGUUGCUGCUGGGCGCAAGGGCAGUGGCUUGGCCGAACUGGAGGCGAAUGCCCACGCCAAGCAGCUUUCCGAGCAUGUCGAGAAGGCUUCGGUUUAG